CAACAACUCUCAUUCUCACGUCUUCCAUUUCUUUACUUUCUUACUUCCAAGUUUACAAUGGCUGCUUCCAUGGCUCUCUCCUCCCCAACAUUCGCCGGCAAGGCCGUGCAACUUGCCCCUGCCGAGGUUUUUGGAACCGGAAGGAUCUCCAUGAGGAAAACUGCAGGCAAGUCUGUUUCCUCUGGAAGCCCAUGGUACGGCCCAGACAGAGUCAAGUACUUGGGCCCAUUCUCUGGUGAACCCCCAAGCUACCUCACUGGUGAGUUCCCUGGUGACUACGGUUGGGACACUGCUGGGCUCUCAGCCGACCCAGAGACCUUUGCCAAGAACCGUGAGCUCGAAGUGAUCCACUCCAGGUGGGCCAUGCUCGGAGCUCUCGGGUGCGUCUUCCCCGAGCUCUUGGCCCGCAACGGCGUCAAGUUUGGCGAGGCUGUGUGGUUCAAGGCCGGAGCCCAAAUCUUCAGCGAGGGCGGCCUUGACUACUUGGGCAACCCUAGCUUGGUCCACGCGCAGAGUAUCUUGGCCAUCUGGGCCACCCAAGUCAUCUUGAUGGGCGCAGUUGAGGGAUACAGAAUUGCUGGAGGCCCACUUGGAGAAGUUGAAGACCCACUUUACCCAGGAGGCAGCUUUGACCCAUUGGGCCUUGCUGAUGACCCAGAAGCUUUUGCUGAGCUUAAGGUGAAGGAGCUCAAGAAUGGUAGGUUGGCCAUGUUCUCUAUGUUUGGCUUCUUUGUUCAGGCCAUUGUUACCGGAAAGGGACCAUUGGAGAACCUUGCCGACCACCUUGCUGACCCAGUCAACAACAAUGCCUGGUCAUACGCCACCAACUUUGUCCCCGGAAAGUGAAGAGCCUGGAAUUGUUAUCUUUAGUUUGCUAUGUUGUCGGUGAUGUAAAUUUGUUUCAAUCAAUGGACAACUUGAUUUGAUCUGUGUGCAAGAAUUCA